CACCAACAACAACAGCUUGCGUCUUCUUCUACCGCUUACCAAGCAAGCAAGUGCCGCUCACUCACGCCCAAAUGUCUUCAUGCUGCGCCAGGUUUCGAUCUUCUACCAAUCCCAUUUCUCUUUUUCCCUUCUUAAGAAUAAGAUUAUACUCUCACUCUUCAUUCAAUUCAAAUAAUCUUGAUAAUGUUGUUUCUUCAUUCAAUCAUAUGCUUCAUAUGAAUCCCACUCCAUCGAUUAUUGAAUUUAACAAGAUAUUAGGUUCCCUUGUUAAGUCUAACAACAAUCAUUACCCUACUGCUAUUUCCCUUUUUCAUCAAUUGGAAUUUCAUGGAAUUACACCUGAUAUUGUUACUUUCAAUAUUCUCAUUAAUUGUUACUGCCAUCUUUGGGAAAUGGAUUUUGCCUUUUCUCUAUUCGGGAAGAUUCUCAAGGUUGGGUUUCAGCCGAAUACCAUUACCUUUAAUACUCUUAUCAAUGGUUUGUGUGUUAAUGGUAAGGUCAAGGAGGCUCUGCACUUUCACGAUCAUGUGAUUUCACUUGGAUUCCACUUGGACCAAGUUAGCUAUGGGACCUUGAUCAAUGGCUUGUGUAAAUUGGGAAAAACAACCAAAGCCUUACAAGUGUUGAGAAAGAUUGAUGGGAAAUUGGUUAACACUAAUGUUGUAAUGUAUAGCACAAUCAUUGAUAGUUUGUGUAAAGAGAAAUUGGUGACUGAGGCUUAUGAGUUAUAUUCUCAAAUGAUUGUAAAGAAAGUUUCUCCUGAUGUUGUUACUUUGAGCUCUCUAAUAUAUGGAUUUUGCAUUGUUGGUCAACUGAAAGAAGCAUUUUGUUUGUUCCAUGAAAUGCUAUUGACAAACAUCCACCCAGAUGUUUAUACUUUUAAUAUAUUGGUUGAUGCUCUUUGUAAGGAAGGAAAGAUCAAAGAAGCUAAAAAUGUGAUAGCUGUGAUGAUGAAAGAAGGCGUGGAACCUGAUGCUGUUACAUAUAAUACAUUAAUGGAUGGUUAUUGCCUAGCUAAUGAAGUGAAUAAGGCAAAGAAUGUAUUCAACGUCAUAGGAAAAAGGAGAAUGACACCUAAUGUUUGCAGCUACAAUAUCAUUAUUAAUGGUUUAUGUAAGAUUAAAAUGGUUGAUGAAGCCUUAAAUCUCUUUAAUGACAUGUGUUGCAGAGGAAUUGCUCCUGAUAAGGUAACUUACAGUUCUCUUAUUGAUGCUUUGUGCAAAUCAGGGAGAAUCUCUCAUGCAUGGGAGCUUCUUGAUCAGAUGCAUGAUAGAGGUCAACCUGCCGAUGUGAUCACUUACAAUUCCUUCUUACACGCUUUAUGUAAAAACCAUCAAGUUGACAAGGCAAUUGCAUUGGUCAAGAAAAUUAAAGAUCAGGGCAUUCAACCCAAUAUUAACACAUACAAUAUACUUAUCGAUGGACUAUGCAAAGAAGGAAGACUUGAGAAUGCACAAGUGAUUUUUCAGGAUCUUUUGAUUAAAGGCUAUAAGGUAACACUCUGGACAUAUACUAUUAUGAUCAAUGGUCUUUGUUUAGAGGGCUUAUUUGAUGAAGCUGUGACCCUGCUGUCAAAAAUGGAAGACAAUGGUUGCAUUCCAGAUGCUGUAACUUAUGAAACAAUUAUCCGUGCUCUCUUUAAAAAUGAUGAGAAUGAUAAGGCAGAGAAAAUUCUACGUGAAAUGAUUGCUCGCGGUCUACUUUAAGAGAAAUGUAGCUAUGUUCAUUUUGUGAUGAGAAUGGUGUAGUUUUAGUUGAAAAUCAUGUCACAUUAUUUUCAUUUUGUUAUUAUAAUGAUCGAAAUGGUUGAUUGUUUUGAUUAUUGACUUAGUUAUAUUUUAUUUCCAAUGUGCAGUCAAUUUUCUUCAUAUUGUUGUAUGAUUUUUUUCAUUCAUUGGUCAUUCUGAAGUCCUGAGUUUUAAAUGGUUCAUGCAGUUGACCCCAUUU